UUGGUAGCUCGCUAAGAUUGUGGUCACUAAAUCAAUUGCUAACUUUUGAAUUACCCUCACUAACCCUAACUCAGCCACACCGUUCUCAUCUUCUCCAAUCAGAUAUCAUUGUCAUCUACAAGUGCCAUUGUCGUCUUCUUCGCCGCUGUCUUCUACGCGCAUCUCACUGCUGUCUCCUGAGGUCCCGUCGGCGUCGUCUUCUCCGGUCUCGGUGUCGUCUCAUGAGGUCUCGUCAUUGUCUUCUUCUGCAGCCUCGGUGUCACUACCUACGUCGUUGAGAUCUCGGCAUCGUCUUAGUUGUCUUUAAGCAGGGAAUAAGGCUGUUAUCAGGUAGAUUCACGAAGUUGUGUGAGCGCCUUAGAAUGGUUCUUGUUGCCACUCAUAUUCUCGUUUACCUCUUCCCUUCUGCUCUUACCUACCUCGCUCUCGUUGAAAGGAGAGGAAGAAGAAGCUUAGUGAAAGAUUCUUUACAUUGCAGCAGCUUGUUUCACCAUAUGGCAAGACAAAUACAUCUUCUGUCUUAGAGGAAGCAAUGCAAUACAUAGGUUUCCUUCAUAAACAAAAAUAUGAACCAGUUUAUAGAAGUAUGAACCAGUUUGUACUAAGUGGACUACAGAAUGGUGUGCUGUUUGUAGAUGGGUUGAAGAUUGGGACUACAACAAAAUCAUCAUUUGCAAUAGCGCGUGUCACCAAUGUCCACGUAAUGAGUAAUUCCUUGGAAAAUAAUCAACAAUUACGUUUACCAUGACUAAUUGGUACGGUGUGAAGCAAUUAAUUAGUUCUCAGCUCUCGCGAGUUUCAAGCUAAAGCUCUCAGUUCAGGAUGGAAUUGGAGGAACCAGAAGAUGAUGAGUGGAAUUGGAAAAAUAGUAGUACUAAUAAUAAAUACUACUUGGCUGAAGAUGAUGAUGGCGAUGGGAAUAACCAUAACAGUAAUGGUGGAAAGUGGAGUUGGGUUUUGAACCUUGGAAAGAAGGUGUUAGUGGCUGGUUUGGUGGCAACUUCCGCCCCAAUUGUUGUUCCACCACUUUUUGUUGCUUCUGCAUUUGGCGUUGUUGCUUCUGUGCCGUAUGCAUUCUUCUUGGCAAGCCGUGUUUGUACCCAGACAGUGAUGAGUAGGUUGCUUCCUAUUCCUUAUCAUCAUGAAUAUCCUGUGCUUCUUGAUGAAGAUGAGGAACAGCUUGGAAAGGAUGGUGUUGAAAAUGUGAUUAAGAAUUAUGAGAAAUGUGUGAUAUCAUCAAAUGGUGGGUAUGAACAAGAGGUUGUGAAGGAUGAUGAGUUGCGUUCACUAGAUGCUCGCUGUAAUGUCUCUAAGGAAGGUGAUCAAGAAAUAGAAGAGGAGAAUUCGGCAGGGAGAAUGCUUGAUGAUGACGAGGUUAUAGGAGAUGAAAUUGACGAUGGAAUUGUGAUGGAAGAAGAGUUGAGUGGGGAAAGUAAUGGGGAGCAACCAAUGACGGCGGGGCAUGGAGUUGUGAUAACAAUUGAGGGUAUUGAUGAGAAUGAGGUUGAUGAUAAUGAUGUUGUUGAAGAAUUCAAGGCACCCUUUGAUGUUACAAGCAUUUUCGUAGAGGAAUUCGGGGAUAAGGCCAUAGAGGGUGACAUAGAUGAAGAAGAGUUGAAGAGGGAAACUAAGGAGCUGUUGGAAGAAAUUAGAAAUGAAGGUAGAAUGGAUGAUAAUGGAGGAGAAUACGUACAUGGAAUCCAUGGAGAUACUAAUGAGAACAAGGAAGAAAUUGAUUCAGUUGUUGAAUAUUCUGCAGUAGCACACAACACGCACAGUUGUAAUACUAUGGAGGGAAUUAAAGUAGCUGUAAUAGGAAAGGAGGAAGUAGAUAAAAGACUCUGUGAGCAAAAGAUUCCACCAAUAAAUACUGAAGACAAGGAUAAUAUCUACAAUUGUGUGGAAUCAAAUGAUCCUAUCAGAGAUGUGUUAGAAGCCGGAGAGGUCGACAGUGCAAGUGUCUUGCAGAAGCGUUUCCAUGAAAAUUCUGAACUACUAAGUGGAACUAGUUUCCAACAUGAAACUCAUCCAGCUGAACCAGUUAGAGAUGUGGUGAUGGAUCAGGAUUACAAUAUUUCCCUAGCUGAUGAAUCGUCCAAGGUUAUAGGCAGAAACAUUGUUUUGGAUUUGAAUGAUGAUGAGGAACCAGACCAAGUGCUAGACGGGUCUACUGUAUCUCAAGGGGUGAAAUUAGAUGACAACAUUUCUUCUAUAAUUCAAGAACCUCAGCUACUUAAGUAUGAUGAAAUUUUGGAUUCAUCAGAUGCAGGUUCUGACGAAGUUUCAGCUGAAAAAGGGUUUGAUUCGUCUGAUCAGAAAAUAAUAUAUCCUGGCGCAGACACAUGUACAAUUGAAUUGCAUGAAGAAUCUUCAGUUGCUAUGGUUAAUGGUCACACAGCUCUUAUAGAGGUGACUAAUUCCUCGGUAGAGAAAGAACGAGAACAAGAGGGUAGGCCAUCUGAAAUCUUCUCCAGAAAAGAUGCGAUGCGCCCUUCUGAUGAGGUUACGUUCAAUGAAGAGAGCAUGUGGAAACAAGUCAGUGUCAUAAGGAAGAUAAUAGGAUAUGAAGGUUCAAAACAAAAAUCAUUCAUAGAUGAAUUAAAGGCUCUCUACAUCUUCACUGGAGUUGAAUUCCCUGCUUUUCUCAAGGAGAAUCCCUAUGAUCCCGCUGAAAUUAAUAAAAAACUCCACUUUCUCAUGUCCAUAGUUGGAAUCAAGUCAAAUGCAGAUUAAAAUGUGACCUAUGUAUUAGUAUUAGUAUAUGGUUUUCUUCAGUUUCUAAUGGGUGUACUUUUCCUUUGUGGACUUGGUUCAUGUUAUUUUAUACUAAUGUAUAAGUAAUAUGGUCGUGAGAGUUGUAAAGCAUGUUGUUACAUAAAUAUAAAAUUUAGCCAUAAAUGAAGAAUCCUCGUUAAUAUAAUGUUUUCUUAGUA